UGCUGCUGCUGUCUGCAUCUCAGGCUUGCAAACCUCUUGCGCGUGGAGAAACGAUAGCUGGAGGGGCUGCAAGAGCAGGAUCACCGUAGCCAAAGGACACGGCAUCAUCAUGACCUUAAAUUCGCAUUGCUUGACUAUUACCUUUCUUUUUAUCGUUCACCCAGCCUUGUUCCAAUCAUUUCGAUGACUGGAGUAGAAAGAGUUUAGAGGAAGGAUAAAACAAUAUCUGCACUUGCAAUGGAAGUGAAAUUGUAAGGGAGAAGGACUCAAUUAUUCUAUGCAAGAUAAGCAAUUUUAAAUAGCAGUGUGGUGUAUAGACCGUUAUCUUCUAUAUUAUAUUUUUAGAAACAUUUCAUUUGACAGGGGAUCACCAUGCGGAGUCGGUCCUGCCUUAUUGACGGAAAAAGCCCUACCACUGCUCUUUAAAGCUUUUUAAACAAGUUGGAGAGACUUAAAAGAUUCCUUACAACACCAGCACCCUGUCAGUCUUUCUCUACAGUGCUGCCCUAGGCUUGGGGUGACAACUGAGUUAUUAACUGCGAAAAACAGAAACACUGAUUGGAAUCACAAGCAUCAGAUCUGGUUUCUUGUAAAAGAAGUAUUUCUUCACUUGGCAUGACCUGGAAUCCCACUUAAAAGAAAAAACACGUUUGAGAUGAGAAGACAUUUUGCUGCCUUUUAUAUACCUACAACAUAAGGCAAGAAGUCAUGAUAAUAUACAACAAACUGUGGUACAAUCAUAUGCUAAGUGAGAUUGUUUGGUUAGUAAAUACAUGCUGCUAUUUUAAAAUGCAUCACAAAAGAUGGUAAAUGAUUUCCUUUGAAGCUUACUGCUUUGUGAUAUCACUGGCAGUUUGCGGAGCGUUUGGAUCUAGCAAUGUAACAGGAUCUUUGCAUUUUUCGCUUUGAGUUCAUUGACUGCAAACUGGCAGAUUGCCUGAUUUUCAUUUAUGACUUGAGUAACAGGAUCCCUCUGUUUUGUCAUUAAGCAAGAUCCAUGUUUCAUUAUCAUUACUGACUGGAUUCUGCUCCUUGAAUGAACAAGAUGUGUAGCCUUGAAUAGAUGCUAAUACUGACACAUGAGUUCUGGACUACAAACAACAACAAUAAAAUAAGUGUUUAGGAUUCAUUCUACAAGAUUGUGACCAUGGAACGUUUAAAUCUGAGAUGAUCUCUUUAGUGGAGUUAAAGCCUGUUUCAUCUUUAAAAAAAUUUAAGAAGGCAUACAGAUUUUCCUUCUUUUUUAACUGCCUGGAUAUGAGGAUUGGUUUCUUCCAUCAUCAGAACCCAUAUUUUCAGGGCUCAACUUAAAGUUCAUUGAGAUUUUCUUGGUUGUGCUAUUGUUAGCUAAACAGUUUCCCAACUAAGAUGUUACAUAGUACAGAUCAUGUAACAUUUCUAUGAGUAGCUGGACAACUCCUAUGACCUCUGUUCAGAAUCCUAUUGAAAAACUUGGCUGAAUAUCUUCAGCACUUUGACACCUCCCUAUAAACUUGCUUACCACUUGGAUUUUGACUUAAUAUUCUGCAGGCAUAAAGUGACAAAAGUUGCAACUUGAUGGCUGAGCCAAGUUGAGUUGAUUAUUUUCUCCUCCAUUUUGAAUUUUCAAAUCCACUGGUCAGAAAUGAUCAUGUUAAGAUUCCAAGGAUUCCAACACAAGCAGCUUUAUGACUAAAGAGCUUAUGUGCCAAUAUCAGUACAUAAAGUUCUGUUCUGAAAUUUUUCCCUUAAACUUGGAACAAGACAGAUUGGGCAUUUAUUUUCUAAGUCUGAUGAGACUGCAAAUGUGAAAACACUCUGUUUUUAAGUUACUCGGGAUGUAAUACCAUUCUGAAGAUGGGCAGACUGUUAGUGUGAAAGAGAAAACAUUUCUGGAGAAUUUACAGAAUAAUUCUGUUGAAACUGCAGUAGCAAUGGCAAAUGAACCAGUCAUUUUAAAUGUUUAUGACAUGUACUGGAUAAAUGAGUAUACAUCCACAUUGGGCAUUGGAGUGUUCCAUUCAGGCAUUGAGAUCUAUGGACGAGAAUUUGCCUACGGAGGUCACCCAUAUCCCUUUAGUGGAAUAUUUGAAAUUACGCCUGGGAAUGCCACAGAGCUUGGAGAAACAUUUAAAUUCAAAGAAUCAAUUGCAUUGGGCACAACUGACUUCACUGAGGAAGAUGUGGAUAAGAUUAUGGAAGAGCUCGGGAAGGAAUACAAAGGGAAUGCUUACCAUCUUAUGCACAAGAACUGUAAUCACUUUUCAGCGGCAUUGGCUGAGAUUUUGUGUGGAAAAGAGAUCCCUCGCUGGGUGAAUCGCUUAGCUUACUUCAGUUCGUGCAUCCCCUUCCUGCAGAGCUGUCUCCCCAGAGAGUGGCUCACACCUGCAGCCCUGCAGACCCACAUCAGUCUGGGUCUGCACAAAGAUGACCAGAGUGAUGCGACAGAUGAUGAGUCUCCCUCCACCUCAGCAGGAGCAUCAGCUUCUGGAACUUCACGGACCUGCAGACAUACCAGAGUCUAACUCUGCUCUUCAUUUACAAAAAGACACAGACUUCAAAGUUUCUCUCCAUAACUGCCUUCACAUGCUGCCUAACACUAGUGUUGACACAGUAUGGCUCCAACCCUAAAUGUGAGUUUGACUUUAAGUGGCACAUUGGGAAGGUCAGCUGGACAGCUAUCUACUGGCCAUGUUAAACAUGGAUCGAAGCUUGUUUGAAAUGGGUUUAUUCCUCAGAAGUGGAAUUUCACUGAGCUUCUUAAGUUUGUUCAGUGCAAGCCAGGAUUGUUUCAAUUGGAAGUAAGGUUUAAUAAACUGACUGUACCCAUCAGAGCUCUGGUUACACUGAUAAGAGAGAUGCAUAUUUUCCUAUUGCUUUUAUAGUCACUUUAUGCUACCUCUGUCAUCACGUCUGAAGGUCUGUAUUCGAAGUAACACCAGAUAGCUUCCUUGCUGUAAGGAAAAAGUUGACUUGUGUAUAAUACUGCAGAAGCAGGAAAUGCAUUGUCAGUGUAUCCAGAGUACCAGAGUGGGACCUUCUUGUCUGGCAGCAAUAUGUCAGUAAUCGUGCUGAGAUCAGUUAUGGUGAAAUGACAUCCAUGCGUCUAAAUGUAAAGUACAAUAGCAACAGGCAUUUCAGAACUUUAUGAUGGCAAUGGGGUAUUCCAAGUGAUCUGGAAUAGCAAUGUUAAUAUUCUAGGUUUGUACAUUGUGAUAGCAGUUAUCAAGGGCUCUAAAGGUAAUAUAUGUAGGAACAGCAUAGCACUACAAGGCAUUGGCAAUCCAAAUAUAUCCAUCCCAUGUCUUAGGAUGUGGUCCCCUUAUCUAGGACCUUUUUAUCUCAGAUAUGUUCCUUCAGCUAAGAUUCUUUCUAUAACAGAACACAAGUUUGAGUCUUUUGGUGGCCCAUUUUAAUGACACAGCAGAAGACGUCAAGGUGUUUUGUGCUAUCAGAAGUAUAAUUUUGUUAGAUAGUUUAAUCCCAAAUACGCUCCACCUGACAUAGGAAAAAAAUCUUAGAAUUAAUAACUAUGAAGGGAUGACAUUUAUAAAAUAGCAAAAAUAAAUGAAUAAUGAAAAUUAAAACAUAUUAUACCAGAAUCCAGAUAAAUCAUUAGGAAUGAAUGUCUGCCUCACAUCUAUGAUGCAACAUCCAGAAAGGCUUUACUUGUGAAAUGCAAUCUGCCGUAGAUAUAGAUGCAAAGAAAAACUCAUAGAAAUGGUUGUGAGGUUUGAACAAAAACUAGAAUACCACCUAAAUUAAAAGAAACUGGUAACCUUACAUAUACGUCACCCUGUUGACAACGUUUUCCUUAAAGACCACUCAGUUAAACAUAAUUGACCAAAGCAACACUUUAGCAAAAGACACAUCACCAUGUAUGAACAGCUGCCCCCCCCCACACACACACCCCAUUCAAUAUAUCUAACUAUGAGAAUAAAGCAUCUCACAGAAAAGUAUACCAUACUAUAACUGUGGCUGGAUCUGCCCAGUCUUUCUGAGCUAAAUAUGGUCUUUGGCAAAGCUGACUGAGAUGAAUCAGCUAUAACUGGAUUUCCUAAUUGCCUUGGUAAUGAUUGAGACCCAAAGUACCUGUAAAAGAGAGAAAGAGUGUUAGUAAGGAAAAGUAUGAUGAAAGUAAGGGAGAAUAUUACAAUGAUAGUAAGUGGAACAAAGACAUUCCUCCUCACCUUUGUAUGAAGCUUCUUAUUGCAGCUGUGUCUAGGUAUAGGAUAAUAAGAUACUUUCCAGUCCCUGUACUUGCUAUUUUGUAAUAUUAGUUUUACCCAAAUCUCGGAAACUACAGUGACUAAGAACCAGAGUUGUAAUUCUGGAGCCCUGGGUUUGAAUUGUAUGAUUUACCAUAUGCAUAUUGUAUAACCCUUAACAAAUCAUUUAGUUUUCUUGUACUCUUGGUCUCUCCUGAAAUGAGACUGUUGUUGUCAGUGUCAUAACCUAGUCAGCAAACCUAAAGAGAAUUUUCUAUAUCUUUUCAUUAGAAUAUAUUGAUUUAUUUUACCUAGGCAUGCAAGCUCUCUGCUCUAUAGAAACUAAUUAAAGCUUAAAAUUAUAUGUUCAGUUCUAUUGCCUUUGAUGGCGAUCUGUGAUGUACACGCAGGAUGUAAGUAUCUUGCUGUCACUCAAUGCUGUAGUUUAUGCCUUUAGUACUUCAUUCCAGUGCGGGGGAAAUGUUUUGUUGUUAUACAUUACAAAGACAAACUUGUGAGCAUUGUUAGCACUUCCUCUGAUCUAUGUAAAUUGGUACUAUUUAUUUAUUUUUUGUAUUUCAGGAUGGAAAUGUAGAUGAUACUGAGGAUACGUAAAUAUUUUCCAUCUUUCCCUUAAAAAUUCUAGAUGGCUUAGGGAUUUUUGUAAAAUAUAACUCACUAAACCAUGUCUGCAGAAGGAGUAUUUCUCAAAUCUACCCUUCCUCAUACACAACAGCAAAACCAAAUUAUUCCCUUUUUCGAAGACCUGCCACUCUGCGUGGGUGAACACCACAUUGGCAACCUUCAAACACUGGACCCCACCCAGUUUGGGUUUGUGAAGGGCCGAUCUUGU